AUGACACGACGACUGCCCUGGGCGCGCGACGACGUCGACCCAGUACGAACACCCGCGAAAGCCGCCACCAAGCCGCCGACAUCUCGUUCAGCAGCGACGCCGCGACGCGCCACGCCAAAGCAGAAGGCGACACCAACGUCGCGCAACUCAAAGCAACAAUCGUCACGGUUAAAUGGCCUCCUCAGAGAUCGAAGUGCUUCAACUUCGCCACCACCGCAGCCUAUCCCGGAAAUCUUCAUGAUCGAAGGCCUAGAAAAUGACGACAAGUAUCGCAUGGUCGAGGACGAACUCUUCACCGUCGCCGGCCAGUUCACAGCGCAUCUCCACGCAGCGGAGUACCAACGCCUCAAAACGCAGACGAAAUCUCAGAACGCGGAGACAAUCAAGAACAUCUCCCGUCCCGUCGUUGGAUCCCUUACAGAGAUCGCGAGGAGACGUCAGGAGGAGCUGCUCCGUAAGAAGAAGCAGCGCGAGGCGCUCCGCAAGGCGAAGAAACAGGCCGGCGUCGACGAUGAGAGCGGUGACGAGACGAGCAUGCCGUGGCACGGCACCUCGCUACAGGGCUUGAUGGACAGCCCGCAGAAGAAGGAGGUGCCGCUCACAACGCUUACGAAGGCGGACUCGGGAACGAAGACGAGCUUGUUUGGAGGGGUGAUCAAGUCCCAGAGAAGGUCUGCGCCCAUGAGCAGGAGAGAAGCUCUGGAAGAAGAAACGGAGUCCGAGAGCGACGAUCUUGGCGGGCCGGUGAAGGCUCCAACGAGGCGAGAAUCCGUGAGGCCAGCGCAGGUAUCGAGGCCUUUGCCAAAGGAUCCGGCGCGGUCCACAGCAAAGGGAGCGGGAGCCGCUGCUUCGCUGGGAGCCGCGAGGCAUGCUUCCCGAGUAUCUAAAGAAAGACCGGCGACAAGACCAACAAGCAGCUCCUCAUCGAAUAGCACAACUGGAACCGCAACACCAGCUGCCGAUGAUGGUGACGACGAAGACGAUAUAUUCACGCGCCACAAGAAUCGCACUGCAAGGGCAAGAACGCCACGGCUUGGAGCUGCGAAGCAUACAUCACCGACGGCAAGACCAAUGAGCAGCUCCUCGUCAAACAGCACGACUGCAACGACGACGCCUGCUAUCGAUGACGGCGAUGACGAAGAUGACGACGACCUAUUCACACGCUUCAAGAAUCGCACUGCAAGGGCAAGGCCGUCACGGCGAGCUCCCGUGAAGAAAGCGGAAUCACAGGACUCUAGAGAUAUCAUUCCAUCAUUUCUAUGA